AUGGAAUCAGAGAUUUUAAAUACAACUAAUAGAAAAUUAGACCUCUCGGUACCGCUUAAUCCUUACCUAUGUAACGAUUACUUAUUACCAAAGCAUGAAUACCCUAAAAAAGUUUGGGAUGAAAAAACUCAAGAUUAUAAGUUAAUUCAUCUGCACCGUGAUGAAAUUGAAAAAGACCCACGUAAAUUACAUCAAGAUUCUCUUGUUAUGCACAAAUCAAGUGAAUUUGAAGAACUCAUGUUUUUGUUAUCAAGCAAAUACAAAAGAGCAGCUGAUCAAGUCGGUGACAAAAAAUUGGUGGUUGUUGGUGGUAACCCUUCUUCUAUUACUUCAUCAACACCUGGUCCAGAAUCUAAAAGUGAAGAAGGAACUCCCGCUUUUGACAAAGAUAAGAAGAACGAUAAGUCUGUUAGUGUGGGAACUUCCGGAAACAACAAUACUAAUAACUCUAAAAUAAGUAAUACUGCCGCUGCUGCUGCUGUUUCUGGUGGUAGUAAUGCUACUAGUAAUCAAUUUAUGAGACUUCGGUUCAUUGAAGAAAUCAGGAAGAGGAAGGAAAUACAGAAAGCUCAACAAGAAGCUGCAGUUGUCGCUCAAGCUCAAAAUAAUGGCAUAAAUACUAUUAAUCAAUCUGCUCCAAGUAGUCAACUGCCACAAAUGAAUAAUGAAACCCCAAUGAGUCAACCUUCAGCAAGCCAAGCUGCUGCACAAGCCGCACAAGCUAAAGCUAGAGCCCAGGUUCAAGCUAGGGCCCAAGUUCAAGCUAGGGCCCAAGCGCAAGCUCAAGCCCAAGCCCAAGCAAGAAUACAAGCGCAAGCCCAGCAAACUCAAGGUUCACCUCAAUUACCUCAACAAUCACCUUUGUCUGCUCAACAGCAGCAACAAAUACCUUCUCAACCGCAAAAUCAACAACAAAUGAUGGCUGCAAAAGUUCAAGCACAAGCACAAGCACAGGCACAGGCACAAGCGCUUAGGGUCCAACAAAUGCAAGCACAACAAGCCAGGCAAAUCCAACAAGCUAGACAGCAACUGCAGCAAAAUCAAGCAAAUAAGAGACAAAAAACUGGACCUGCAAAUUCAAAUCCUAA